UCGCCGCCGCCGCCGCCGCCGCCAUGGCCAUGAGGCAGACGCCGCUCACCUGCUCGGGCCACACGCGGCCCGUGGUGGAUUUGGCCUUCAGCGGCAUCACGCCGUACGGCUACUUUCUGAUCAGCGCUUGCAAAGAUGGCAAACCUAUGCUCCGCCAGGGAGAUACGGGAGACUGGAUUGGAACCUUUUUGGGUCAUAAAGGUGCUGUCUGGGGUGCAACACUGAAUAAGGAUGCUACCAAAGCUGCUACAGCUGCUGCAGAUUUCACAGCCAAAGUGUGGGAUGCUGUCUCAGGAGAUGAAUUGAUGACCCUGGCUCAUAAGCACAUUGUCAAGACUGUGGAUUUCACACAGGAUAGCAACUACCUGUUAACUGGGGGACAGGAUAAACUGCUACGCAUAUAUGACUUGAACAAACCUGAGGCAGAACCUAAGGAAAUUAGUGGUCACACUUCCGGUAUUAAAAAGGCUCUGUGGUGCAGUGAGGAUAAACAAAUCCUUUCAGCUGAUGAUAAAACUGUUCGUCUUUGGGAUCAUGCUACGAUGACAGAAGUGAAAUCUGUGAAUUUUAACAUGUCCGUGAGCAGCAUGGAGUAUAUCCCUGAGGGAGAGGUCCUGGUGCUUACUUAUGGGCGGACUAUUGCUUUUCAUAGUGCACUUAGUCUGGAGCCAGUUAAAUCCUUUGAAGCUCCUGCAACCAUCAAUUCUGCAUCUCUUCAUCCUGAGAAGGAGUUUCUUGUUGCAGGUGGAGAAGACUUUAAACUGUAUAAGUAUGAUUAUAAUAGUGGAGAAGAAUUAGAAUCCUACAAAGGUCACUUUGGUCCCAUUCACUGUGUGAGAUUUAGUCCUGAUGGGGAGCUCUAUGCCAGUGGUUCUGAAGAUGGGACAUUGAGAUUGUGGCAGACUGUGGUAGGAAAAACCUAUGGCCUUUGGAAAUGCGUGCUUCCUGAAGAAGACAGUGGUGAGCUGGCCAAGCCAAAGAUCGGUUUUCCAGAAACAGCGGAAGAGGAGCUGGAAGAAAUUGCUUCAGAGAAUUCAGAUUCCAUCUACUCUUCAACUCCUGAAGUUAAGGCCUGAGCAUCAGAUGGAUGCCCUAGAUACCAUAUAGUUUAUGGACUGAACAAGCAGAGAAAAGCAUCAGCCUUCAGAGUUACUCUCUGCCUGUGGCAAAGAGGGCAGAAACUAUUGGGAAUAUGAAUUAGCGCCAGUGCACGAACAACUACUCCGUAUCCUGUGAGUGCAAAUAGCUGAGUGUGUGAGGUGCAGGCAGGAGGGUGUGCUCAUGAUGUGCCAUAGCCUGCUGUCUCGGAUGAACAAGCCAACGUACAAUUUCCAUUUUACACUUCAGUUUCUUGUAGCUGUUUAUGUUAUGAAGAAGAAAAAUAUAUUGGCCUAUUUUUCUGACUUUUCCCUUAAAGCAGAAUGUCUUUUUCUCUUUGCUUAGUUGUGAAGAAGAGGAAAUACAUGAUAAAGUAACUGGCUUGAUCUCUUUCAUUGUACAUUGACUGCUUCUGAACAUCCAAUAUUUUUUAGUUAUCUAAAUAAAAUGCCUCUAAAACAAAAUAAUGUUCUGUUUCUUUGGGAAAUUCUGAUACAUUUGAGUAUUAAAACUGGAAAUACCCAGAAAGUUUCUACGUCAUAUACAGCAAUUUGUAGCAAAAGACAGUUUGGUUACAGGGUCUGAAUUAAACAUUCCCUAAUUUUGAAAUUCAGUUAUAUAAACUUGAAAUUUUCAUGACUUGCUUGGUGUUCAUUUGCCUUCUUCCAGAUUGAUAGAAUUGCUUUUCUUGGCUCUUUAAACAUGCAUGUUGAUUACUAAAAAAAAAAGCAAUUAGAAAGAGCAGAAAGAUAACCUGAAACCCUAAUUCUUCUGAAAACUACUACCAUACAUAGUAGAACAUCUGUGCAUUUGUACAGCCACAUGAUUUUAUGAAACUGGGUUAAUCUUAACUUGCAAUAUUUAAGAUGUAUUAGAUUUUUGUGCAUCACAUCCUUUAAGUUUGGAUUGUUCAAAAAGUCAUCAACUUUGUGGUCAAUUGGAUCAGUUAAAUAUAUUUGUAGUUCAUUUACUUUUUACAUUACGAAGAGAUUAAAUUAGUAAUUUGGGAAUGCAUAGGAACAUGUUAAUUUGCUUUUUUGUAAUUUGUCUUUUGAAUGACCUUUAAUAUUUUGCUUAGAAGAAAAAAAUUAAGUUUUGAGAGGUUGUGACAACUGGAAGGCACUACACACAGUGUUAGCCCGGAAGAGCCAGGAGGAAGCAUGACAUAGGAGUCCAUUGAGGAGCCUAAGCGUGUUGUCCUGUGUCCAUGUUGAAUGUGCCUGGUCCUCUGCUCUUUACCAGUAUUGUCAUUGUAUCAGGAAUUAAACUGAGAGUCUGACCGUAAAUAAACUUUACAUGCGUCUUUUGGAA